CACCGCGUCGGGCUCCCCGGCGCGCGUGCCCGCCCGCGCGCUGUCCGGCCUGGGAUGCGCCAGGGAUGCGCGCCCGCCGGCCCUACGGCUCCUGGCAGCUGGGCGCGGGGCGAUGGAGCUAAGCAUGAAGAAGUUCACGGUGCGCAGGUUCUUCUCCGUGUACCUGCGCAAGAAGUCGCGUUCCAAGAGCUCCAGUCUGAGUCGCCUUGAGGAAGAGGGUAUCGUAAAGGAGAUUGACAUCAGCAACCAUGUGAAGGAAGGCUUCGAGAAGGCCGAUCCCUCCCAGUUUGAGCUGCUGAAGGUCUUAGGACAAGGGUCCUAUGGGAAGGUGUUCCUGGUGAGGAAGGUCACAGGCUCCGAUGCCGGUCAGCUCUAUGCCAUGAAGGUCCUGAAGAAAGCCACCUUGAAAGUGCGGGACCGGGUCAGGUCUAAGAUGGAGAGAGACAUCCUGGCGGAAGUCAAUCACCCGUUCAUCGUCAAGCUGCAUUAUGCCUUUCAGACUGAAGGCAAGCUCUACCUGAUCCUGGACUUCCUGCGGGGAGGGGACCUCUUUACCAGGCUUUCCAAAGAGGUCAUGUUCACCGAGGAGGAUGUCAAGUUCUACCUGGCUGAGUUGGCGCUGGCCCUGGACCACCUUCAUGGCCUGGGCAUCAUUUACCGGGAUCUGAAGCCAGAGAAUAUCCUCCUGGAUGAAGAGGGACAUAUUAAGAUCACAGAUUUUGGCUUGAGCAAGGAGGCCAUCGACCACGACAAGAGAGCCUAUUCGUUCUGUGGGACUAUCGAAUACAUGGCGCCUGAGGUGGUGAACCGGCGGGGCCACACGCAGAGUGCCGACUGGUGGUCCUUCGGUGUGCUCAUGUUCGAGAUGCUCACAGGGUCCCUGCCAUUCCAGGGGAAGGACAGGAAGGAGACGAUGGCCCUCAUCCUCAAAGCCAAGCUGGGCAUGCCCCAGUUCCUCAGCAUGGAGGCACAGAGUCUGCUGAGGGCCCUCUUCAAGCGGAACCCCUGCAACCGGCUAGGUGCUGGCAUUGACGGAGUGGAGGAGAUCAAGCGCCAUCCUUUCUUCGUCACCAUAGACUGGAAUAAGCUGUACCGUAAGGAGAUCAAGCCACCCUUCAAGCCAGCAGUGGGCAGACCUGAGGACACCUUCCACUUUGACCCCGAGUUUACUGCAAGAACACCCACAGACUCUCCUGGUGUCCCCCCAAGUGCAAACGCCCAUCACCUGUUCAGAGGAUUCAGCUUCGUGGCCUCCAGCCUGGUCCAGGAGCCCUCACAGCAAGACAUGCCCAAGGCCCCCAUUCACCCCAUUGUGCAGCAAUUACACGGGAACAAUAUCCACUUCACCGAUGGCUACGAGAUCAAGGAGGACAUCGGGGUGGGCUCCUACUCGGUGUGCAAGCGCUGUGUUCACAAAGCCACUGACGCGGAGUACGCUGUGAAGAUCAUUGAUAAGAGCAAAAGGGACCCCUCAGAAGAGAUCGAGAUCCUCCUGCGGUAUGGCCAGCACCCCAACAUCAUCACCCUAAAAGAUGUCUAUGAUGAUGGCAAGUAUGUAUACCUGGUGAUGGAGCUCAUGCGCGGCGGGGAGUUGCUGGACCGCAUCCUCCGUCAGCGGUGCUUCUCAGAGCGUGAGGCCAGUGAUGUGCUGUGCACCAUUGCCAGGACCAUGGACUACCUGCACUCUCAAGGGGUUGUUCAUCGGGACCUGAAACCCAGUAACAUCCUGUACAUGGAUGAGUCUGGAAACCCUGAAUCUAUCCGCAUCUGUGACUUUGGGUUUGCCAAGCAGCUGCGAGCAGAGAACGGAUUACUCAUGACUCCCUGCUACACAGCAAACUUUGUGGCGCCUGAGGUCCUGAAGCGGCAAGGCUACGACGCAGCGUGUGAUGUCUGGAGCUUGGGAAUCCUGCUGUAUACCAUGCUGGCUGGGUUCACCCCUUUUGCCAACGGACCAGAUGAUACCCCCGAGGAGAUUCUGGCUAGGAUUGGCAGUGGGAAAUACGCCCUCUCUGGGGGGAACUGGGACUCCAUAUCUGAUGCAGCCAAAGACGUUGUUUCCAAGAUGCUUCACGUGGACCCGCAGCAGCGCCUCACAGCAGUUCAAGUGUUAAAACACCCAUGGAUUGUCAACAGAGAGUACCUGUCCCAGAGUCAGCUGAGCAGACAAGACGUCCAUCUAGUGAAGGGUGCCAUGGCAGCCACCUACUUUGCUCUGAACAGGACCCCACAGGCACCGAGGCUGGAGCCUGUGCUGUCGUCUAGCUUAGCCCAGCGCAGAGGCAUGAAGAGACUCACAUCCACCAGGUUGUAGUGCUGGCCAGGCCUGCCCUCCAGCCUCAGCCUCCCUGCCCAACGUCCUCUCAGGCUCCCGGACGCCACACACAGGUCCUGUUUAUGGGCACUUGAGUGACCAUGAUUCCAGCACAAAGACGGAUCUGGCCUUGGCUGUCUGUCUCCUUUGCAGCCCUGGUGAGGGUCCUGCCCAGGAUGUCUGAGCCUUGCUGUGCCGACCUCGCCGCCGCCCGCUCUCCUUUUCUCCUGAGUGAAACCAAAUGAACCUGUCACCUCAUAGCACCCUGCUGGAGCCUGCCUGAGUUCGCUCAGGGCUUUUAGUCUUUUCACGCCAUGGCUUACGUUCAGUGCAAAGCAUUUCUGCCAUCCUGAAGUCAGCCGAGUGGCCAGCCUCUCACAAGGGUGUCCUGCUGUGACGUUAAGAAUGUUGGUGCAUGGUCCCUGCCCGGGGACCGCAAAGCUGCCCUAGAAGAGCGGGAUGCUCCUGACCGGUCUGAUGUCACCACUGGCUGUGUGAUGGCAUCCAACUUACAUGCCUGUUCUGCCCAAAGUCACCCAAAGAAUCCCUCACCACCCUCUGGUUCACAAACGAGAUGCUGGGCAGCCUCUCGACUCUGUCACUCACUUGUCAGGACGGAAGCACCCAACCCAAGAGUCGGGGUGACUGAGUCUGUUUGAGAGCCAGAUUCAUGACAGUUGAGAGGGGAGCCCCGGGAAGCUGCCAGGAAGAGCCAGUGCCUACUGCAUUGCCGCUCCCUAGCACUCUGGCCCCAAGAACACUGAGCGUGUGGGGCUCCACCAUUGCCACUUGGCACUGGCAGCUGUGCACGGGUUUGCCUGAGGUGGGGGUAGUGGAUUCAGUCUCUGUUUCCUGGUCCGCAGAGAGACCGAGGAAGUGGAACUGUAUUUCCUUCCCCAGUUCUUUCUUAGCCUGACUGAGGGCCGGAGAGACACCUGAGCCCCUUGGCCUCAGAGAGGCAAGAGGUGCCAGGACAGGCUGUGGUUCUGUGUUGCAUUUUGUUUCUGUUGUGUAGACCUGUCUUUAAAAUCACACUGCACCAAUAGUGUUUUCAGGGUGAAUCCGUGUGGGGACUCUCCAUGCAGAGUAAGCUAGUGAGACCCUCGCUGCAUGGCAUGCCCCACUCAGCCUAGCCCUGGAAGAGGGACUUGUGUGUCCUCCAGUCUCUCUGGGGGUGCCAAGGAUACCCCCAUAGUGGGCUCAGGUCAGAGGACACUCCACUGUGGCUCAGAAACUGCCAGUCUGAGGCCAACCCUUCCACCCAGGAGGUGUAGGAAGCCCCCGUUGGUCGCAGCGAGCGUGCACUGGGAAGACAGCAAACGGCCACAGCUCUUCUGUACCUCACUUAGCUCUAGGACCCAGCACCCGCCUGCAGUGCAAUGCGGGGAACGUGUUUCAGACCUCAAAGUGUAAACUCAUUUCACGAGCUUUAAUUACUCCACUGGGCUCCGUUUCAUUUGGGAAUUAUAGACUACAAAGGGUGGGAGCAGUCGGUGACUGUGUGCCAUGUUCACGGUGUCCCUAUUAAUUUCUGAGGUCUGGGUCCUUCCAUUUCAGAUAGAAAUCUAGAGAGAAAGAGAAGUGGGUAGUCUUUGGUAGAUGCUGUCCUCUUAGAAAUGAGCAGGAGACCCAGAAUCCUCCAAGGGCCUCUUGGCAUGGAUCACGGACGAGCUGCCCACGGCCUUUGGUCUAGGUUUGUUUGCAGCUUCAAAUCUAUGAGUUUUAUCAAAGAGAAAGAACAAGAGAACGCUGAGGGCAUUGCUGAGGAGGUGAGCAUCGUGUGUCCCCGCUGGUCACAAGGUCCCAUCGCCUUGGUGAUGUCAGGUUAUCUGCCUUUACCCUCACUCACCAAUGGGGUGGAGGAGGCCUUCACACCAAACCCUGUCACUAACGUGUCUGUGACGCGUGUCACACACCUGCAGAGGAUGCUGGCUCAGCCCUGCUCUGUUGAGAGUGACAUACCUCGACCUUCCCACCCUCGCCCAGUACACAAUACUUGAAAUCUUCGGUAGAAGCGGCCUAAAGAGCAUGUGGGGGGGGAUGAUCUGAACCCCCGUUCAGACGGCUGUGGCAUGUAGCCCCAGUGUCCCCUGCAUUCACCUCCCCAGUGAGCCCUUACCCAGCACAAUAAAAGGCCCUCUGUUCGCUACACAAGCUCCCCCGCAGCCCACUGUCACCCCGUGUGGGUCUUGGAAGCUACAGAACUUGUCAUGGGGAUUCCCCACCUAUAUCCCAGUCCUCCUCUACCCCUGCCCAGUGGUCACUUUGGGACCAUCCCACUGGCAGCCCCUGACCUGUCUGGGAUGAGAACAUGAUGAGUGGGGGUGGGGACCUUGUCACAUUCUUCCCUGAAGUCUGGUGGGCGAGCCUUGAGCGUCCACUCUCCUACAGUCAGAAUGUGUGGUUUAAACUACCUAGAAGCCCCAGUUUGGGGGAUUAUUGUCUGGCUUUUUAAGUGAGAAUAGUAUCUCGUGCUAUCUAACGUUGGCAGUAUUUGUAAACGGUGUUCUUCCUUAAGAUGCCCUUGGGGUUUUCCCUGCGUUGAACUGAUUCUCUCAAACCCAGGAGAAGAUACCUAGGACUCUUCAUCCUUUCUGGCGAAUUUUGCCACUCUUCACUGCCUGCAAGACUGUGAGACACCCGGAGUGGAAAAGGACUCUGUGGGCCCUGUGUGGCAGGGAAAGGUGGAAGGCGAAGCCAGCAUAGCUCAUCCGUGCAGGUGGCACACCCCUGUCCACCCUGCCCCCGCCUGGCACUGCUUUACACGAUUUACACGCUCAGCAGUGACGUUUACAGCUCACUCCGUGUCCACGUUUUCUGUGUUUGAGAUGGGCGGCCACUGUACAGAUAUUUAUUAUGCUUUCCAGACUUUCCCAUGAGAUUUUUUUGAAUAAACAUGGAUUUUAUGAAGUGUAA